AUGAUGUACCAGGGCUUCACCACCGACUAUGACGCGUCUUCUUCCCGCUGCAGCAGUGCUUCUCCAGCCGGGGAUAGCCUCACCUACUACACUUCCCCGGCGGAUUCCUUUUCCAGCAUGGGCUCGCCUGUCAACCAGCAGGAUUUCUGCACGGACCUCGCUGUCUCCAGUGCCAACUUCGUACCGACAGUGACUGCCAUCUCCACAAGUCCAGAUCUGCAAUGGCUGGUGCAGCCCACCUUAAUCUCUUCAGUGGCACCAUCCCAGAACCGGGCCCAUCCCUACGGGGUCCCUACUUCUCCAGCCAGCGCCUAUUCGAGGGCUGGAAUUGUCAAAAGUACAGGAGGCAGAGGGCAAAGCAUUGGCAGAAGGGGCAAAAUCGAACAGCUGUCCCCAGAGGAAGAGGAAAAGAGAAGGAUCAGGAGGGAAAGGAACAAGAUGGCAGCAGCUAAGUGCCGCAACCGGCGGCGAGAACUGACAGACACGCUGCAAGCGGAGACCGAUCAGCUGGAGGAGGAGAAGUCCACGCUGCAGACCGAGAUCGCUAACCUGCUGAAGGAGAAGGAGAAGCUCGAGUUCAUCCUGGCUGCGCACCGGCCAGUUUGCAAGAUCCCCGAGGAGCUGCAGUUCUCCGAGGAGCUCGCUGUCUCCUCGCUGGACCUCAGCGGCCUGGGCGAGGCGCCUGUGCCCAGCCCCCCGGAGUCUGAGGAGGCCGCCUUCGCCCUGCCCAUGCUGCAGGAGGUCGCUCAGCCCGAGCCCCUCCCUGAGCCUCCCAAAGCAAGCAGCAGCCUGGAGCUGAAGCCCGAGCCCUUCGAUGAAUUCCUCUUCCCGCACUCGUCCCGGGAGACUGCCCGCUCCGUGCCCGACAUGGACCUGUCCGGCUCCUCAUCCUUCUACACGGCGGACUGGGAGCCCCUGGCGGCCGGGGCGUGCGGGGAGCUGGAGCCGCUCUGCACCCCGGUGGUGACCUGCACCCCCUGCCCCAGCACUUACACCUCUACUUUCGUCUUCACCUACCCUGAGGCCGACUCCUUCCCCAGCUGUGCAGCCGCGCACAGGAAGGGCAGUAGCAGCAACGAGCCCUCCUCCGACUCGCUCAGCUCCCCGACCCUGCUGGCCUUGUGA